AUGCUGAUCUUCGAGCAUCCAAAAAGGGGUUUCACUGCGCUGUUCUGCAUCAUUACCAUCACCGUGUUUUUAUUCAGCUACAACUACAGUGCCACAACAUCAUACUUUUUCAAAUUUGCCUUCCGACGGGUAGAGAAACCUGUUUCCAAGGCAUUGUGUGCCUGCAGCCAGUGCAUCUCUGUAGAGGACGAAGACCCCUGGUUCAUGGGACGCUUUAAGAAGUCUAUACCACCACUCAUGUCGAAGAAGAACAGCAUCCUUUCUGAGGGCACCUAUAAGUGGUGGCAGCGGCUACAGACCCGCCCCCAACCCGCAGCCAACUAUAAAAAGGCAGUGGAGCGAUUAUUCCAGAUCAUCCCAGACAAGGAGCACUACAUGGACUCAGGGCCCAAUCGUUGCAGGACUUGCGCUGUUGUAGGAAAUUCUGGGAACCUCAAGGGAUCCAACUAUGGAAGCCUCAUUGACUCCAAUGACUUCGUCAUAAGAAUGAACAAAGCUCCCACUUCAGGCUAUGAAGUGGAUGUAGGGAGAAGAACCACCCAUCGUGUCAUGUACCCAGAAAGUGCAACAAACCUGCAAAACGACACUCACCUGGUGCUGAUACCCUUCAAGAUUUUGGAUCUACAGUGGAUCAGUAGUGCUUUAAGCACAGGCUCUAUUAAAUACACCCAUAUGCCUGUGAUGGCCAAGAUAAAAGCAAACAAGAAUAAGGUGUUAAUUUACAGCCCCACUUUCUUCAAGUAUGUCUUUGAUACCUGGCUUGAACGCCAUGGGAAGUAUCCUUCCACGGGUUUCUUAACCUUGAUGUUUUCCAUUCAUAUAUGCGAUGAGGUGAAUGUUUAUGGAUUUGGUGCGGACAAGAGAGGAAACUGGCAGCACUACUGGGAGAAUACCCUCUUAAUACCAGGCUUCCACCACACCGGGCAGCAUGCCGGAGACUAUGAGUACAUCGUCACCAUGCUACUGGCCUGCAAAAAGAAAAUCAAGAUGUUCAAAGGGAGAUAA